AUGCAAGCUGUUGUUUUCAAGGGACCCUUACACGUCGCCGUCGAAGAACGGCCUGUCCCAGUGGUCCAAAAUGAGACGGAGGUAGUUCUCAAGGUGCGCUACACGGCCCUGUGCGGAAGCGAACUGCAUGUGUAUCGAGGACACCAGCCCGCACAGCCAAACUUUAUUAUGGGCCAUGAGUUCACAGGCGAGGUGGUUGAAUUAGGGUCUGGGGUUCAGAAUUUCAAGAAAGGGGAUCUUGUCGUGGUGCCUUUUACUGUGAACUGUGGGACUUGCUUCUACUGCUCGCUGGACCUAAGCUCACGCUGCGUCAACUCCAAACUGUUUGGCUCGCCCGUCCUUGACGGUGGACAGGCUGAAUAUGUGCGGGUCCCUAUGGCAGACGCCAGCUUAAUCAAAGCCCCCAAAGGGGUAGACGAGAAGAAACUUGUCUUCAUGGCCGAUAUAUUUCCAACAGGGUAUUUCGCUGCCCUCAACGCGUUCAAAGGGUCAGCGGAAUCUUCAAUUAAGAAUAGCACCGUCGUUAUUCUAGGCUGUGGACCUGUCGGCCUAUUUGCUCUGAUCAGUGCUCUGGAAUAUCACCCCAAACACCUGAUUGCAGUAGAUAAGGUUCCUUCACGCCUUGAACGAGCAAAGGAGCUCGGUGCCGAAGUUUGGAAUGCUGACACCGACAAAGAAGGGCUCGAAAAGCGAGUCAAAGACUUGACAGAUGGGCGUGGUGCGGAUGUCGUUAUAGAGGUUGUCGGACACGCCGACGCCCUACGGCUGGGCUUUGAUCUACUUCGGCCAUUUGGCCGCAUCUCUAGCGUGGGCGUACAUAACGAGCCAGUUCCGUGGACGGGCUUUGAGGCGUAUUCAAAGAAUCUCUCCCUCCAGAUGGGCAGAUGUCCUGCUCGAAGCAUGUUCAAAGAAGCUAUGGUGCUGUUCGCGAAGAAGCAGGAUGUUUUCGACUUCAUGGUUGCAGAUGUUCGGCCACUAUCGCAGGCUCUUCAAAGUUACGACGAUUUCAACCAUAUGAGAUCACAGAAAAUUAUCUUCGAGGCUAAUAAGUAG